ACAGAGAUAGACAAGCGAGAGGAGGGAGAGAUAGUGAAGAACCUCAAAGAAACUUUACUUCUGAUGGCCUUUACACUGUGAGUGGACUGUAAAUGAGAAGAGUGGCCUGGUGAUGUGUUAGUCGACGGUCAGGUAGUCAUGUAAUUUGAGGUUAAACAUUAAGGAAAAAGACGCUUCAUUGUUUUUGUUACAUCUGAUACCAAAUCAAGAAGAUAGAUGGCUGUUACCCAGGCUGUUCUCCCUUCCUUCAGCUCCUUCUCCAGCAUCUCUCACUCCACCAACAAUAUGAAGGUGUGGAAGCCUGAUGAUGGAUCUCCCCCUUUAGACUCUCUGAGCAACAAACUGUCACCAAGUAGCUCCGAGCAGGAGCAGGUCUGCCAGCAAGUGACAGAGGAGCUCCUGGAAGAUGACAGUCAAACAUCCUGGGACAUUGAGUUCUUGCUGUCUGAAUGGAGCAAUUCUUCACCUGAUCUCAACCCUUCUCUAGACAGUCAACAACUUGCCCAUCCAAACAUGGCAUACCAAGAAGUGAGCAGCUUUAAGGACCAAACAGGACAGGAGAGUCUGCAGAUGAACAGUGGUGACCUCAUGACUGAGCUCCUGACCCCUGCAGAGACCACAACAGUCCAGCCAGAGCUGUGCCACCAAAGUUACAGUAAUGAACAAACAGGUCAGACAUUAUUUUCCAGUGUACAUAAUGUAAAUCAGUUUGACUUCCCUCAAGGUGGAAGUAUGGAGAGGCACAGCAGAGGAAGCCUUAGUAAGGCUACUUCAUGGGACUUCAACCCCUACUAUCCCCAGCAGCAACCGUCCAUGGUGGCAAUCCCCAACAGCAGGUUCAUCUCGCCGCAGGCUGUGACCCCUGACCCUCGACACUAUGGCUACAUGCCCCACUUUAGUCCCAAUGCCGGCCUUUUCUGUGAAUACCCCCACAGCCAGGCCUCUGUUCAUUUGCCCCAUCACCAACAGCCUAUGCUGUUCAGACCACAGCUGCCACCUGGUGGGGUGGAGGGGAAACGUGGCAGGAGACCUACAGGGAAAAAAAGGCCAGCUAUUCACAGCUGUGAAUAUCCUGGCUGCAGCAAAACCUACACCAAGAGCUCACACCUCAAGGCCCACCUCCGCACCCACACAGGAGAAAAACCUUACCACUGUUCAUGGGAGGGUUGCAGCUGGAAAUUUGCCCGCUCAGAUGAACUGACUCGCCACUACCGCAAGCACACAGGUCAAAAACCCUACGAGUGUCUGCUGUGUCGUAGGGCCUUUUCCCGUUCAGACCACCUGGCUCUGCACAUGAAAAGACACACCUGAAGCUCUCUCACACGCACUGACUAUACAAAAAAAUGCCAUAUUUAAAUCCUACAUUAAAUCUUUAAAGAACUGAAUGGCUUAAAGAAUAAAGAUCAGUCAGUUAAUUUUUAAUAAACUUUAUUUGCACACAUGACUGAAAAUGGAGGCAUCAGGAUCAAGCUCUCUGUGUACUACAUACAUUCUUACUUUGAGGACCUUUACUGGUAUGACAUCUCCUCUGUUCUUAAACUUUACCAGUGGCGCUACAAGCCUGAGGCCAAUCUUUGCUCCUGAACAAAGAGCUAAAGUAAACAAAACAAAACAAAACAAAGUAAAAAAAGAAAAAAAAAAAAAAAAGAAAAAAUCAGUCCUUUUUGAGCCAACUGAAGAACAAAGGACCAAAAACUCAAAAGGUUUCAAACUCAGCCCUCUCAAAUGAAACACUUUGUCAGUCAAGACAAGAGGCCUUUGCUGUAAAUUUAGCUUCAAGCAUUGACCAGCACUGUACACACUGUGGCCACAUAAACAGCUGAACACUAAGACCUACGAAAAAAAAGUGUGUGUAAUAUGGGUUAUAUGAUGCUACAAAACAGCAUAUCCAGUUAAAACUCACAGCGUACUGAACAAAGUUUGCUUUGUGAUGCAUAGUUACAUCACUGCUGAGAGGAUCUGAUAUCUUUCUCUCAAAACAGCACUCGAUUGUAAAAUGAAAUGUUACAGAAACACACAAGAAUUAUUUUUUUUUAUGAGUUCUAGCUUAAGAAAAAUCUUCAUGUUGGCUUUUUUUUCUUUUCAUGAAAGCUGUAAAUAUUGCAUCUAUUUCAGUUAAUCUUAAGUUGACCAGUGUAUUUAUAACUAUCUUAUUUUAUAUCAACUGGAGACUAUAUUAUUGUAAAAAGUUUGUGUAGAUUUACAAGAUGCUUUUAAAUUGUAAGUUUUGUUUUGAGUCUCAUAACUGCGGUAAUUCAGACUUAUGAUGCUGUAAAACUUCCUUGCAAUGUGGCAUGAUUUAAAGGCAGAAGACAUGGUGCAUAUUACACCAUCACUAUGUAAAAGUGUAAGCUUAUAGUCUGGUUCACCUCUGCUGCCAGAAAAUCUUUUCUAAAAAUAAAGAGUGUAAUUUCAGCCUUUA